AUGGAUUGGAACCUCACCCAGGAGCAGAUUGACCAUUUCAUGCGACAUGGAUUCGUUCGCAUACCCGGCUGCUUCUCCCGGGCCAAAGCUGCCCAGUGGACCGCCGACGUUUGGAUACGACUUGGGUACUCGCCUAAUGACAAGUCAACAUGGGCUGCCGAACGCAUUCACAUGCCCGACCACAAGUGUGAGCCUGUCAAGACUUUUGCGCCCAAAGCAUGGGCUGCUAUGUGUCAACUUCUCGGCGGUGAGAACCGUAUGAUGGCGCAUUCAGCUACCUGGAACGACGCGUUUAUCGUCAAUCUUGGCACGGCCGAGUCCGAGGGCAAAGUGCCCAGGCCAACUGAGCUGGAUGGAUGGCAUGCUGAUGGUGACUUCUUUACUCAUUUCCUCGAUUCCCCUGAGCAGGGGUUGCUGGUCAUCCCUUUGUUUACCGACAUCCAAGAGCAUGCGGGUGGCACCAUGGUCUGCUCCGACUCGAUCAAAUCCGUGGCUCGGUACCUUUAUGAUCAUCCCGAGGGCGUGUCUCCGUAUAUGGUUCCCCGAGGCAGUGGCCAGGACCCUCACAAGCUUGACUUCUACGAUUCUAUCAUCCAGGACUGUCAUGAGUUCCAUGAGAUGACCGGUAACGUGGGAGAUGUGGUUCUUCUUCACCCACUUAUGGUGCACUCGGCUUCCAUCAAUAGCUUGAGAAUUCCACGCAUCAUCACAAACCCACCUGUCUCUCUGAACGAGCCCUUCAACUUUGACCGCAAUGACCCAAGCCAAUACAGCAUUGUUGAGAAGAAGACCCUUCACGAUCUCGGCCAAGACCGACUGACCGGUUGGAAGAUUAAGGGUGGACGCGAGUUUGUGAAGCCCGACCGUCUGAAGACCCAGGAGGAGCUAAAGGAGCAGGAACUUUUACGGUUGAGCAUGAAGAAGCCACCCCCCAGUACCUGA